AUGCUCUCAGUUAUAUUCCUUGAAUGGGCUGUGUCCAUAGUUUUGCUAGUUAAUAAUGUUAAUAGCUUGCCAGCUUCACAACUCGACACAUCUGGUCAGCCAGUUGUUGACCUUGGGUACUCCAAAUACCAAGGCAUAAGACUAGAUUCAGGUGUCAACCAAUAUCUUGGGAUGCGAUAUGCCUCCCCACCAGUCGGUAACUUGAGAUUCAGGGCACCCGCAGAGCCUCUAACAACCACUAGCCUGCAAAAUGCUACAGCAUUUCAACCUAUUUGCCUUAGUAUUAGUACCAAACUUCCGUCAAGGACCCAGGCCGAGGAUUGUCUUUUUAUCAAUGUAUGGGGGCCUGCUUCAGCGACUGCCGACUCGAACCUUCCUGUGUGGGUCUAUAUCCAAGGUGGAGGCUAUAUAUCGAACUCGAAUGCGAAUUAUAAUGGCUCCACUGUAGUACAGAAUUCCGGCCAGAAUAUUGUCUUUGUUAAUUUCAAUUAUCGGGUUGGAGCUUGGGGAUUCUUGGCCAGCGAGAAAGUCAGAAGUAAUGGAAAUUUGAAUGCCGGUCUGCUUGAUGAACGAUUUGCUCUGCAAUGGGUUCAGAAGUAUAUCUCAGAGUUCGGAGGCGAUCCAGAGCAUGUGGUAAUCCAUGGAGCUUCAGCCGGUGCAGGUUCAGUGGCAUUGCAUCUUACAGCAUACGGUGGACGUGACGACGGUUUGUUCGUCGGUGGAAUUGGCGAGUCGGUCUUCUUCCCAACACAGCCGCAAGUUUCAGAACUCGAAUGGCAAUUUGAGAGAUAUGCGAAUGCGACAGGAUGUUCUGGAACAACUGAUCAACUUCAAUGUCUGAGGUCAAAAGAUACAAUUGUUUUGCAAGCUGCAAAUAUCCCGAGCCCUUAUCCUGGCAGCAACUCGGCACCAAAUUUUUACUGGACACCAACCAUUGAUGGCGACUUCAUUCAAGACUAUCCUUAUCGCUUAAUUGAACAGGGGAAGUUCGUAAAAGUCCCAAUCAUAUUUGGAGACGACACAGAUGAAGGUUCAAUUUUCGCAGUCAACGCGUCAUCUCCAGCAGAUGUCGCAACCUUCAUGCAGAACAAUUAUCCCCACCUGACAACAGCAGACACAGAUGCAAUAAAUAAAGAAUACCCCCUCGUGUCACCACUCCCAAAGCAUGCCGCUUACUUUCCAUCCGCCUCGGCAGCCUAUGGCGAGGCAACCUUCACCUGCCCCGGAAACUUCAUCACCCACACCUUCGCCAAUGCCCUCUCCGGCUCCAAAGUCUGGAACUACCGAUACAACGUCCUGCAAGCCAAUAACGUCGCCUCUGGUCUUGGUGUCCCACACACCUUUGAGUCUCCCGCGAUCUUCGGUCUCGGAUAUGCGAACAAUAACAUCCUCUCAAGUUAUGCUACUUAUAAUGCAGAGAUAAUUCCAAUAGUGAUGUCGUAUUGGAUUAGCUUUGUGAGGGAGCUGACGCCGAAUCGGUAUAAGGAUGGCAGCGCGCCGCAUUGGGAGAGUUUUGGGCAUGGGAAGGAUGGGGGGAGGAGGAUUCUCUUGCAGACUAACGGGACGGUUAUGGAGAAAAUUCCGGCGGAUCAGAGGCGGCGGUGUGCGUUUUGGAAGGGAUUGGCUGUCACCAUGGAGCAGUAA